AUGAUGAUCACUACCAAUCAACCAUGCCGCCCGCCGCAGCAGCCGUGCUUAUUAGUCGUUUCCACUAUAAUUUUUUUACUAGCCACAACCAGUUUAGCUCAAGCUCCUCCUAUCCACCAUAUCUAUUUCGACGUUCGUACAAGGACAUUUGAUGAGCUCCGCCUUGAGAUAAUAACGCUGCUGCUCACGUUCUCGAGCACGGUACCAUACAAUCCCCCACAUGUGAGGCAGAGAUACGUCCUCGGGCCCCGGCGCCUCCAUUUCUUCGACGAGCCUCCUGCAUGGAUCUACAUCCAUGUUGUCGUCGGGGAAGAGCCAGAAGACAAGGUAACCCUGGCCAUGGCCAUUGACGACCUGUAUAUUAUUGGAUUCAGUAAUGGCACUGACCACUGGUACAAGUUCAGUGGCGGAAAAUCAGACUCAUUCCAAGGUUUACCAGGAGCCGUCACGCUACCCAUUGAAUAUAAUUAUAGAGAUUUGAUACACGACGGCCACGAGAAUCUUUGGCAGGUGCCUCUAGGGAAAAAUUCGGCCACACAUGCCACCAAGCAACUAGCAACCUACGACCCUGAAAUCACCCCUAAACCCCAACUCCAAGAUGGUCUUGUCAGAUUUGUAGUGAUGAUGGCUGAAGGCACGCGGCUCCGAGAGAUCCGCGAGACAUUCUCGGGCAAUAACUGGGAAAAGGAGACUUUCAUCUCUGUAGACGAGGCAAAAUCUGUGGUCGACUGGGGAACGCUCUCAAAGCUCGUCAUCCGGUGGCACCUAACCAGAGCAAGGCGAGGGGGCGCAAAAUGGGGUGGAGGUGAUUUUAAGAAGCAUGCUAACAAAGUGAAGAGAAAUAGUAAGGUCAAUGGUCCGACCGAAGCUGUCAACAAACUUGAUGUCCUGCGAGCUAGUUAG